UGAUAAGGUGUUUCUUUCAGCUGCCUCCCCGAAAACUUUCAAAACGGCUUUGAGGUGGCGCUUAUUAGUGUUCCACGUGAUGGUCACCCAAUGGUUACUGAUCCCCAAACUUAGGCAGUGCGCUGUUUGACAGCGCUAAGCAUGUUUAGCGACAGACUAUAUUGUCUCACUUACGUUUCAUUUAAAAACAAGUAGGCUUUUUGGUUACUUAUGCAAAGCAUUGCUAAGUAUUUAAUAUGUUGUAGUGUUGCGCGAAAAGAUAAUACCAAUUAAUUGUAAAACGACUGGUAUUCUGAUUCGCCUUCUCCUAAGUUAUUUGACAUGCCAGAACAGAGCUCAAAAGUAGCUGUUUGAAAAGAUUUGAUUAAAUAAUAAAGUUAAACCUUUGUGAACAGUGAACACUAUUUUAGUAAUUUUGUCUCAGAAAAAGCAGAAGUGGUUUGAGUUUUGAAAUAAUGAUAGCUUAAGGUAUCUAAAUCCUCCUACAACUUUAAGCUAUUUCAGUCUUAAAAUAAUUAUUUUCACCUCAAAAACUAGAACAUGAAAUGCUGCUCAAACUGGCUGAUGACGUAAGCGUUUAUUCAGCUAGGGCAGACGGAGAGUAUUAAAACAUACCUUUGGAUGUGUGUCAUGUCUAAAGUUACGAUAUUUGCAAAUGCAAAUCUUUAGGUUCUAGGGGGACUUGUGCUUUGUUCUGGUUCUGUUUGUUGCAUGUAUUUGGAAAGAGACAUUUGCAAGGAAUUCUAGUGAAAUAAACCCUGCUGGGAGUUUCAAAAUUACAUCUCAGAAGUCCUUAAAACUGACCAAUCAAAUCUGAUGUCAGGAUUAAAACCUGGCAUUUGCUCUUUCACUGAGUAGAGGAAGAGUCUAAUUUUAAGUUAAGCAAUCGUUGUGAAAUCCCUAGAGAAGUGUUUAAUGUGCUCAAAGCAUCUUCACAAACUUCCUGUAGGGGAAACCCUUUUUAUGGGAGAAGAUACUGCUUCUUAUUAACGUUUUAAAGAAGCUAGAGUACCAGAGAAGACUUUUGAAGUGUGAAAAGAUUUCCUGUAAUUGAAACCAAAAUGUCAUUUAUAGAUCCGUAUCAGCACAUUAUAGUGGAGCACCAGUAUUCCCACAAGUUCACAGUAGUGGUGUUACGUGCCACCAAAGUGACAAAGGGGGCCUUCGGUGACAUGCUUGACACUCCAGAUCCAUAUGUGGAACUUUUCAUCUCUACCACUCCUGACAGCAGGAAAAGAACAAGACACUUCAAUAAUGACAUAAAUCCCGUGUGGAAUGAGACCUUUGAAUUUAUUUUGGAUCCUAAUCAGGACAAUGUUUUGGAGAUCACAUUAAUGGAUGCCAAUUAUGUUAUGGAUGAAACUCUAGGGACAGCAACAUUUCCUAUAUCUUCUAUGAAAGUUGGAGAGAAGAAGGAAGUACCCUUUAUUUUCAACCAAGUCACUGAAAUGAUUCUGGAAAUGUCCCUUGAAGUUUGCUCAUCCCCAGACCUUCGAUUUAGCAUGGCUCUGUGUGAUCAGGAAAAAACUUUCAGACAACAGAGAAAAGAAAGAAUAAAGGAGAACAUGAAGAAACUCUUGGGUCCAGAGAAUAGUGAAGGCUUGUAUCACACCCGUGAUGUGCCCGUGGUGGCCAUAUUGGGCUCAGGUGGGGGCUUCCGAGCCAUGGUGGGAUUCUCUGGUGUGAUGAAGGCGCUGUAUGAAUCAGGGAUUUUGGAUUGUGCCACCUACAUUGCUGGUCUUUCUGGCUCCACGUGGUACAUGUCAACCUUAUAUUCUGAUCCUGAUUUUCCAGAGAAAGGACCAGAGGAGAUUAAUGAAGAGUUAAUGAAAAAUGUUAGCCACAACCCCCUUUUACUUCUCACACCACAGAAAAUUAAAAGAUAUGUUGAGUCUUUAUGGAAGAAGAAAAGCUCUGGGCAACCUGUCACCUUUACUGAUAUCUUUGGGAUGUUAAUAGGAGAAACACUAAUUCACAGUAGAAUGAACGCUACUUUAAGUAGUUUGAAGGAAAAAAUCGAUACUGCACAAUGCCCUUUACCCCUUUUCACCUGUCUCCAUGUCAAACCCGAUGUUUCGGAGUUGAUGUUUGCAGAUUGGGUUGAAUUUAGUCCAUACGAGAUUGGCAUGGCUAAAUAUGGUACUUUUAUGGCUCCUGACUUAUUCGGAAGCAAAUUUUUUAUGGGAACAGUUGUGAAGAAAUAUGAAGAAAACCCCUUGCACUUCUUAAUGGGUGUCUGGGGAAGUGCUUUUUCUAUAUUGUUCAACAGAGUCUUGGGUGUUUCUGCUUCACAAAAUAAAGGUUCCACAAUGGAGGAAGAAUUAGAAAAUAUUACGGCAAAACAUAUUGUGAGUAAUGAUAGCUCAGAUAGUGAUGAUGAAUCACAAGAGCCCAAAGGCACUGAAAAUGAAGAUGCUGAAAGGGAAUAUCAAAAUGAUAAUCAAGCAAGUUGGGUUCAUCGUAUGUUAAUGGCCUUGGUGAGUGAUUCAGCUUUAUUCAAUACCCGAGAAGGACGUGCUGGGAAGGUGCACAACUUCAUGUUGGGCUUGAAUCUCAAUACAUCCUAUCCACUGUCUCCUUUGAGAGACUUUACCACACAGGAAUCCUUGGAUGAAGAUGAAUUGGAUGCUGCCGUAGCAGAUCCUGAUGAAUUUGAACGAAUAUAUGAGCCCCUGGAUGUCAAAAGUAAAAAGAUCCAUGUAGUAGACAGUGGGCUCACGUUUAACCUGCCCUAUCCCUUGAUCCUGAGACCACAGAGGGGGGUCGAUCUCAUCAUUUCCUUUGACUUUUCUGCAAGGCCAAGUGACUCCAGUCCUCCCUUCAAGGAACUUCUACUUGCAGAAAAGUGGGCUAAAAUGAACAACCUCCCUUUUCCAAAGAUUGAUCCUUAUGUGUUUGAUCGGGAAGGACUGAAGGAGUGUUAUGUCUUUAAACCCAAGAACCCUGAUGUGGAGAAAGAUUGCCCAACUAUCAUCCACUUUGUUCUUGCCAACAUCAACUUCAGAAAGUACAAGACUCCAGGUGUUCCAAGAGAAACUAAGGAAGAGAAAGAAAUAGCUGACUUUGACAUUUUUGAUGACCCAGAAUCACCAUUUUCAACCUUCAAUUUUCAAUAUCCAAAUCAAGCAUUCAAAAGGUUGCAUGAUCUAAUGCACUUCAAUACCCUGAACAAUAUUGACGUGAUAAAGAACGCCAUAUUUGAAAGCAUUGAAUAUAGAAGACAGAAUCCAUCUCGUUGCUCUGUUUCACUCAGUAAUGUUGAGGCAAGACGAUUCUUCAACAAAGAGUUUCUAAGCAAAACCACGGCAUAGUUUGUACUGGAGAAGGCAGCAAUUUCUGAUGUGGAGGCAGUUUGAAAUUCCUUGACAACUGGAUUUGAAGCACAGUACAGACGAUAGUACUGAUCCUGAGAGACUAGCUGAUACUCAAAGUUGCAAAUGCAAAUGCCCUGACGUGGAACACUGAGCAUGUUCCAGGAACAGGGAAGGGGCCAAUGUGCCCGGGACAGAGUGGCGGGAGUGUAUAAAAAGUUAAUUUUCACUUAUGAGUAACAGUACAUUUGUUCAAAACUUGUCAGUACUGUGUAUACUUAAUUUGUCUUUCCAUAUACCCCUGUGAAUUAACAAGACCAGAGAUGUUAAGAGACUUGCCCGAAGUUGCUAGAGUUAAUGUCUGAACUGGCAUCCUGAAGUUCUUACUCUUGAUCGUGUGGUCCUUGUAUCACAAUCUGUGGUGUCUCCUAAAGAUUAUUAAAUUUGGGACUAACAGGGCCUUGCUUUCCCUUUGUUUUCAGUUAAUUAACUACAAUGACACAGCCUCAUUGUCUAAUUCAACUUUGCUAAUUUGUUCAUUUAUAAAUUUGCUAAGAAUUUUGAUUUACCAAAAAAAGAAAAGGGAAACACACACAUAUACAUUUUGAUGAGAAAUCUGUACAUUCAUUUUUUUCAAGCUUUCUCUGUCCCAGAGAAUAACUGAUAAGUAAGAAGACCUCAGGGUUUUUCCAAAACCAUCAACAUGCCCCAAUAAUUUCAUCUUGGCUCUUUGCCCUUCUGGACACAGCGCAUCUUUCUGAUUUGCUCAUUGUUCGUGCCAUCAUAGGUAUCUUCUUUACCUCUUCAGGUACAGUCUGACCGAUUUCAUGUUACUUUUUUGUAAGUAAU